GGAGGACCGAGAUGCCUCUGGGCAGUGAAGGUUGGCAGGGUGACUCCACCACUCACAGGCUCCCUCUCCUCCCCUCCACCCCUCUGUUCCCAGAGCUGCCUGAAUCUGUCUGGAUUCCUGAAUUCUAGGCCUUGUUAGUGACUUUGUGAUUUAAGACAAUCUGCUUUCCUCUCUGUCCAUGUUUCUUAAUCACUAAGGUGGAAAAUCCAAGAAGCUGCAAAUCCUAGCUCCAUGCUCUCUCUGAAUGACUUUAGCACAGCCUUGUGUCCUUGAAUGAGGGAAGCAGGAGGGAAUAGAAGAGGAGAGAAGAAACGUAAUUAAGAAAGGGCAAAGCACUCAGGACAGGUAUUUGAUUCUUGGCUUGGCUGAUUCCUUCUCGUCGUUUACUGUACCUGUUCAGAUGCCACCUACUGGAGAGUUGUUGUGGGACCACCAUGUAUGUAAAGCAGCUCUCCUAUUUACUAACAUAUCAUCUUAUUGUACUGCCUUCAUGAAAUUUAUGACUAACUGAAAACAUAUGAGUUUGGCCUGUUCAGUCCAUGAGGUCAGGAUGCUGCUCCUCUGUCACGCUGUAGCUGUGGCUGUUGUCCACAUCUUUAUCCUCUCAGAAAACUGGGCAUCUGCCAAGAACAUCAACUUCUACAAUGUUAGGCCUCCUCUUGACCCAACACCAUUUCCAAAUAGCUUCAAGUGUUUUACCUGUGAAAAUGCAGGGGAUAAUUAUAACUGCAAUCGAUGGGCAGAAGACAAAUGGUGUCCACAAAAUACACAGUAUUGUUUGACAGUUCAUCAUUUCACCAGCCAUGGAAGAAGUACCUCCAUCACCAAAAAAUGCGCCUCCAAAAGUGAAUGUCAUUUUGUUGGGUGCCACCACAGCCAAGAUUCUGAACAUACGGAGUGUAGGUCUUGCUGUGAAGGAAUGAUUUGCAACGUGGAAUUGCCCACCAACCACACCAAUGCAGUCUUUGCUGUAAUGCAUGCUCAGAGGACAUCUGGCAGCAGUGCCCCCACACCCUACCUUCCAGCACUUGCUUGGGUCUUCAUGCUUCCAUUGCUAUGAUGCCACCAUUGUUCAGAGAGGCAGAGACUAGUCCUCUAAAGCACAAGGCAAGAACAGCUUGAAUUCUGAACUUUGGAGCGAAGACACUCUUGUACCUGGUGAAGAGGGCACAUGGGAAGCCCAAAGCAGAGGCUUUGCUAAAAUGCUCCUGCAUGAGGUCCCAGCACCGAGGAUGGGGAUUUGGUAGGGAUCAAGAGGACUGUAUAACUUUCAGACUUCCUGGUCAAAGGGAGCUGUAUGCUGCAAAUUCUGCAGGGAUGAGCCUGCCAGUAUCUUUGAUGAGUUACAGAGGCCUGGCCAGUCCCAGUCUGACCAGGCUUUCAGCUGAAAGGCCCUCCUGACCUCAUUGACACCCCCAGAGGCUGCUGGGUCAGACCCUCUGGUGUCUGUCAUUAGCUCAAAGUUUCUCUGUGAAAUCUAAUUCUUCUAAUGAGAAAGCAGUUUCCCUACUCUGUUGGUUAGCUUUCUGUUACUGUAACAAAUGCCUGAGAUAAUCAGCUUAUAAAGAGGAAAGGUUUACUUUGGUUCACAGUUUUGGAGGUUUCAUGUUCAUAAAUGAUUUGGCCUGUUGAUCUUGGGCUUGUGGUGAAGCAGCACAUCAUGGUGGGAGUGUGUGGCAAAGCAAAAAGCCACUUGUCUCAUGGUGGGGACAUGAACCAGAGAGGUAGAGGGUCCUGAAGUCCUUUUUGAAGACAUACCCAAAAUGGCCUAAUCCAAAAGGCCCUACAUUCCAAAGGCUCCAUCACCUCCCCAAAGCACCACAGGCUGGGGACCAAGCCUUUAACACUUGGGCCCUCAGAGGACAUUCAAGGUCCAAGCUGCAGCACCCACCAACAGUAGUUGUCAAUGAGAAAGGCAACUGUAGGAAGAAAACUUCCAUUUGAAAUAAUAUGAAAUCCAUUUGCCAAUUGUGAAGUGGGAGGGGGGAAUAAAGCUGUUCAGUUUUACCAUGUAAAUGCAUGCUGUGUGUUUCUUGAUGGACUUGGAGGUGCACCAUGGGUGACAUAUGCUGGCUUAGAGAAUAAAAUUCUAUGCCAAAGUGGCUCAGUUUCUCUUUCUUUUUCAGAAAGGACUCUUCUGUGGAAGCUAGAUGCAAACUUGGUGAACUGAGAUGGUCAAAAAAA